UUCUUGUGAGUUUGGUGGUUUGGUCUGUGAUUACCAGGCUGCAUGGGCUACGACCUUUGCCUUUCCGAAGGGGUUAAAAACUAACUAACUGGUCUGUGCUGUGAUUCAUUUUUUCUAUCGCCAAGUGAUUACAUCGUGAUUACAUACUCUUUGUCUAUCGCAUCGCAUCGUAAAUAAUUAUUGUAGCGGCUUUGAAUUUUGUCUUUUUCGAUUUCAAGUAAAUCCUGUCGGGUAGAUCAAAACAAACCUACCGAGAUGACAAAUCUACAAUUUUAAUCAACUAAGGAACGAUAAAGGCUAUAAUGGACGCGAAAAUAAAAAAAUGUUGCCCAAACUGCAGUCAAUUAUAUCAUCUGAAAUCUGCAAGUUCAAAAUCAAUUCCAAACAUCCCAUUGCUCCUUGCAUGCGGCCACUCAAUGUGUGAGUCCUGUAUCAGGAAUUUAUUGAAGUUUAGUGAACCUAUUCAAUGCAAAGUAUGCCUUCAGGAUAUGGAAUUCAACACUGCAGACACUGCUCUGCUGAUGCAGAUAGAUAAAAAAUCAUUAUACAAAUUAUUUCCUAUUAAUGUUUAUAUGGUUGGAGAGCUUACUUUGCAAGAGAUUGAGCCAAAGGAUGCAAAAAAAGAGAAAGGCGAUGAUGAAUGUUACAUAAACAUAAAGUCGCUUAUUGAGAAUACUGAAACGAAACUAGGUGAAUGCGUGGAGUGCCAUGGACCAACAACUAAAAUGUGCCAACAAUGUGCUACUGCACUAUGUAACAAUUGCUUCUACAAAACACACAAAAAUUUUAUCGUUUUCAAAAACCAUCAACUAUGUAAUAUUGAAUUUACUCCAAAAAAAAAUGACUGCGAAAUUCACAAAAAUAAAUGUCUAGAUUAUUAUUGCAAAGACUGCACAAAAUCAAUUUGCCUGGACUGUAUGAUGGUUGGUGGUGAAAAAUCCUGUAAAAACCAUAAUGUGACUUCCAUACAGGAAGUGAAUGAAACUUUAUUGUCUGAUAUAACUGCUCUGACACCAAAAGUAAAUGAAACAUUGAGGAGACUCAGUAAAACUGCUGUGGAUAUUGGAAAUAUUUUGACUAAAAUUGAUGAUGAUUUAACUUCAUCUGAAUACACAACUCUUCUCAACAAUGUUGAACAACAUUUCUCCAAAAUCAAUGCUAUCAUACAAAAACAAAAAGAGAUUAUUACGAGCAAACUUCUUGACUUGAAAGACACUCAAAAAGAAUCUUUAAAAGAAGCUAAAAAUGAUGUUGCUGAAGCGAUUAAGAAAGUAACAAGCAUAUUGAAUACUAUCAACUCAUUGGAUUUAAAGAAGAAGAUUGAGUUGAAUUUGGCGACCGUGCUUGAAGACGCACGGCAAAUUAUAAAUGCGCCAUGGUAUUUGAAUCGUGAUGAAUCUGAUAUUCAAACAAAUAUUAUAGUGAAAGAAGAUUUGUAUCCCUUGUUGAGUGACUACAUAAAGUUGGAGGGGGAUUCAAACCCCAAAUAUAAACUGUACACUACUACAGAAUUAGCUGAAAAAAAUGUAGACAUACCGGCAGCGCCUACCUCUAUUGUGUAUCCUCCAGAAUUGGUUAAAGAUGUACGGCAGCUUAACAAACAAAAACCGAAGGAGGACAACACGAAACCACACACAUUCGUCAAGGACGUACCAACUUAUCGAAGCACCAAAACUGGCUCAUGUUCUUCUCUAAACUUAAUGAACAUUGAUUCUUCACAAAAAAACUAUUUGACUUAUGAACAACGUCAGCCACAAGUGGAGUCAGUGUUGCCGUUCCCGGAGACUGAACGUCAUGCACCACUGUAUGAAGGCUCUCAGGAACUGAUCUACGUGUCGCAUAUUGUGGACCCGUACAACCUAUACGUGCAGCGCGCGUCUCAGCAGGACAAGGUGGAGGAGUUACUGCGCGAAUUCCGCAACGCCGCGUCCUUCCCCAAGCCCUCGACUAGCCACGUCACUGAAGGCAAAAUAUACUUAGUUUACAACAAAGCAGACAACCUGUGGCAAAGGUGCCGAGUCGUGAGCAUCGACAAAAGGAACGUCAACAAGCCGAUGUUCCAAGUCUUCUGUAUUGACUUUGGCAGCAUCGAAGUGGUCUCAGUUGACAAAUUGCGACUCCUGCCGCCAGCUCGCAUCCAAUCGCCGCCUCCAUUCGCCAUCAAUUGCUGCCUUGCCAACUGCGAGCCCAUACAAGGCUCCUGGACCAGCGAAGACGCCAUCCUCAUUCAGAACAUUAUUGACAACAAGCGCGCUGUGAUCCACGUGCGCCGCAUCCGCGCUACGGAGAGUGGCGCGAUGCAACUGGAGUGCGACAUCACUACAUUCGAUGACGGCGUCAGCCUCGCGCAUGCGCUUGCCUUUCACGAACGCGCGAAAAUUCCGAAAAAUAUCUCGUACCCGAAAAUGAAGACUUUAACUGAAAAACCAAAACUCUUCAUAACUAGCAAUGACUACAAACACAACUCAAAAGAAGAAGUUUACAUUACACAUAUUGUAAACCCAGAUAAUUUCUUUGUUAGAAAGCAACACUUAAAAAGGGUUUUUGAGAAAUUGUGUGAGGAUUUGGAUCAGGAAUACAGUUUGAAUGGGAAUACGGACUGUGUUUAUUUACCUGAAAAAAACAUGGUGUGCGUGGCGAAUGUGGAGAAGUGCGCGCUGGGAGCCGCGCAGCCGGGCGCGUGGGCGCGCGGCGUGGUGCUGGAGCUGCCGGGGCGCGGCCGCGUGCGCCUGCUGCUGCCCGACAUCGGCGCGCAGGUGCUGCUGCACUGGUCCGCGCUGCGCCGCAUACACCCCAAGUUCACCGUGCUCAAGGGGCUCGCUGCAGAGUGUCACCUGGCCGGCGUGACUCCACACAAUAAGAAGUGGAGCCCGAAAUCAGUGAAUUUGCUUGAAAAGUUUAUGGACCGAUGUUUAGAGUUACACGUUGAAGAAAGUCAAAAUCGUGGAUCUCUCGGAGUCACGCUUUAUGACAAAUCAGAUGAAGAAAACCCUAUCUGUAUUAACACAGAGAUGAUCAAGCACAAAUUUGCAUACACUUUUGGAAUUUACACGUUCAACAAAAAUAAUGAAAUGGAAAAUUUAGUUUACGACAACAAGUCCCCGUUGGACGAGCCGCAACCGAGGCGCAAACCCAAAAAUAAGGACGAGAUCACCAUACUGAAGAGAAGUCAGCCGCUACCCACGAAACCGAAGGAGGACGACCUGAAAGCGAAAGAUAAAGGCCCGCUCCGAAUAGAAGCCAAAGUUUUGAAUUACCAGUCGCCGUCGCUCAUUUACGUGUCCCUGGUGCACCAACAGAAAGUGUUCAACGAGCUGUUCGAAAAGAUUCAGAAAUACUACAGCACGAAGAAGACUCAGGGCAAAGGGGAGUGGAAGGUUGGCGACCGCUGCUGCACCGUGUGCGCGCAGUCGCAGACGUGGCGCCGCGCCGCCAUCCUCGCGCUCGACGCCGACCGCGCCAAGGUGUUCUACUCGGACUUCGCGUGCGUGGAGAGCGUGCCCGUGGCGGGGCUGCGCGAACUGCCGGCCGAGUUCGCGUCGGUGGGCGACGCGGCCAUCACGUGCCACCUGGCCGGCGUGGUGCCCGCCGGCGGCGACGACUGGCCUUCGCUCUCCAAGGAGUACCUCAAGGACCUGCUCGACGUGUACAAGCGGGUCUUCAUCACCAAGCUCGGCCAGUUCAAGGACAAGAGCAUGCCCGUGGAGAUGUGGGUGUAUCACACCAUUCAAGGCGGCGCGCUCGAGCCUAACAUUUCCGAGUGGCGAUGCCUGAACAGGAGGCUGGUCGAGCAGGGAUUGGCCAUCCCCGAGAAGAGUGAAGAGUCUGAUAGCACGGACUUCGCCACUGCCCGCACAGGGGAUGAUAAUAUGCUAUCAUUUCUUAAUAUAACGGGAUCCGUCCAAGAUUGGCUCCAAAUUGAACCGAUGCCAAUGAAGCCUCUCACGGUUAAACCUGAAGCGGAAUCUAAUAACAGCCAAUCGUCUUCACCAGUACCUAUGGACAAGGAAGAACCGCACAGUUCCAACACAAUAUUUAUAUCGGACUGGUUGCCUCCCGAACCGUUUCCGUGUAAGGAGUUCACAGCCAUGCCCACGUACAUCGACAACGACGGUGUAAUUUACCUGCACGAUAUAUCGCAGCAAGACACGCUCGAGUUGAUUCGCAAGGCACUAGAUCUGCGUUUCAAAGACCCGGAUCCUAAAGCGAAGUUUGUCAAAUGGACUGCUGGCGAGCCUUGCAUCGCUCUGUUCUUUUUAGACAAUCGUUUUUACAGAGGAAGAGUGAUAGAAGUAAACGACGAAACAUCGACUUGUCUCAUACAUUACAUAGAUUACGGCAAUGAAGAGAUGUGCUCCUUCGAAAAUAUUAGAAAGAGCAUCGCUCUAUAUCAAAUUCCAAUACAAGCACACAAGUGCAUCUUGGAUGGAAUAAAGCCUGUAGGAAAAAAAUGGGAUAGGCAGGCGCUGGACUAUAUUCAUAAAUCUAUCGUGGAGAAACAGUGCUACGUUAAAGUGACCGGCGAGCCGAUUGGAGAUGUCGUACCUAUCGAGUUGAAAUAUGACAAACUUUGGAUAAACGAACAUCUCGUCGAUUUCGAACUGGCAGUAUACAAGGACGGCAGCAAAGCCGUCGUUCGAAAAUUUGCUCCUGCGCCUAAGGAAAAUAUAAACAUAGAAGAACUGAUAGAAUCGGAUUCUGGACCUGAUUAUAUAGUCGAAUCGGAUGACCAUCUAUCGCAGUCGUCCGAGUCCCAAGUGUCCGUGCUGAUGAGCUCUGGCAUUGAGGGCAAAGACUGGAAUGAAAUCAUGCAAGAAGAGGAAUAUGAAUCUAUUAUUGGAAAUUUUGUGACUUUCCCACCGUUCACAGAAUCGGAAUUCUUGUGUAACAUAACAGUUUUGAACGAAAGAAAUAAAUUUGAACUGAGCGUUGUUCAAGAUCAUGAAUCUAGCGAAAUAUAUAAGAAAAUGUACGCGCAACUGCAAUCUGAAAGUCACGAGAUUGCUCUGAACGGUAUAUACGAAAAUAAAGCAUGUUUGGCUUUAUUCCCGACAGACGGCCAAUGGUACAGAGCGUUGAUUCUACAGUACAGCGAGGUCAAAAAGCUUAUAAAAGUGAAAUUUGUCGACUAUGGAAAUGUAGAAAUACUCGCUUUGAACAAUGUGCGAGAAAUUAGUGAAGAACAUUUAAAGUUGCCUCCUGCAACCGUAACAGUAACUUUACAUGGUAUCCAAGUUAAUCCUACACUUGAUGACCUACAUACUCUGGGUGAAACAUUGGCAGACACAUUCUUGAAUAAAGACCCUUUCCAUGUUAAAGUUAUUAAAGCUGACGUCAUACCAAGUGUAGAACUCAGAGAUGUUGAUGGAAAAUUAAUUUACGACAAUCUAAUCAAAGAAAAAGUGUUCAUCAAUUGUGAUUAAGUACCUACAUUAGUAUUAUUUAAGUUUCAAGUACUGUAAUAGUGCAUAUACAUUUUUAGAAAGGACUCACCAUAUUUUUUCUAUGUGUCAACUGUUAUUUCAGUUUUCUCCACUGGAUCGAUAUUGGUGGAAUUACUGCGUACCACAAAACCGCAAUACAAAAGGCCGUAGAGCGAAGAAGAAUCAAGGGUAAACCGUACUUUUGACGUGACAAUUGACACAUGGAGCAAAUAUGGCAAGUUCUUUCUCAAAAUUUUAUGCAUUAUAUUACUUUAUUUUCUGUUUUCAUAGCUAAUAAGUUUGAGCUCUCUUGGUUAAUUUGUUUCCAUUUUUUGUAUGUUCCUCAUGUGGAACUAGAGACUAAAAAAAAUUAAAAGAAUCAUUUGCUUAAAGUAAGUAUAAUAUUAUCAAAACAAUACUUGUCAGCUUUUGUAUUUAUGGCUAAAACUGUUUGUAUACUCUGUGUACUAAGAUAGUGACGGUACACCCGCAGGCGCUCUCAUUAUUUUUCUUUUGUUUUAAUUUUUUUUUACUUUGUUUGUUUAAUAAACGUUUUUCAAAAGAUUUUUUUAAGAAUAAAUAGAAUACUAUUUAAUCUUAUGGUUAUUCUAAUAAAAUAAGAAUAUAAAUGAAAGUUGUAGAAGUAGUUUAAUUUUAAUGGAAAAUAUGGCUAGGUAAAUGCCGAAUUCUCCUGCGGGUGUUCACCCCACGCGAUGAACUUAGAAAUCACGGCGUUGCCUUUGACGAGAUGCUGCGCGAUACAAAGGCGACCGUAUCCAAGCAAACAGACUUUACACGAUCUCUAAACUAAACCGACAGGUAUUGCUAUCCCUUUCAUAAUUCUCUCUGCAAAAAAGGAUAGUAUUAGAUUUACAGCUGUCAAUAAUCAAGAGAUUGUGCACAACCGAACUAACCAUUAAAGUAGAUUUUAUUUCACAUUUAGUUUUUAGUUAUGUUUUUAUGGCAUUCCAAAUAAAGAUUUGCGAAUA